CAUCAACAAACGCCAGAUUGUUUCUUGCCUUUUCUCUCUCUCAUACCAUUCACUGUGUAGACGCUCCAAUCGUUGUGCGAAAAAACAAAAUGGCAGAAGAGAAGCAGCAGCCCGAGAUGGAGGUAGACGAAGAAUGGGAAGAUGAUGAAGUGUUUUACGAGAGAAUUGAAGCCCCAAAGUUCGUCGACUUCACCACUCCCGACCACUACCGCCCCGACGAUCGUUACUGGUUUUGCCUCCGUGUUGGCUGCGACCAAAAACAUGAAGAAGAAAUGGAUCAUGAGAAAAUCUACAAGGAUUUUGUUCUUCGAGUAAUGGCUGCUAGAAGUCCUAAUGUAAGACUUCAGAAAGCACUAAGCAGACGUGCUACAGGGAAGAACAUAAAAUGUCCACUCACAGUGCCAGCAAAAUCUUCCAAGUCUAGACUCUCAAAGUUAGCUGUUGUUUCAAACAUUUCUCAUAAAUUGAUUGAAGACAAAGAGAAGAUUAGUCAUCCAUCAAAGCCCACUUCUACUCCAAAAAUCAAAGGAAAGCUAGUUGCUGCUAAGUAUCUCACUACUCCAAGGAACAAAAAAUGCCUUCCAAAUCCGAAUUCCUUUCGUAGUGUCCAAAAUCCAAAACCUGCAGCCCUUGCUGUUCCAAAGAGUAGGACCAUAGCAAAGGCUUUGGUCUUCCACUCCCCCAAGAAAGCCAUCAGUUUAAAGAAAUCAGUGGAACUACGAACUCCUUUAACUAAAUUAUGUCAAGGAAUCAAGAAGCUAGAGAUAUCAGAUCAAAAGAAGCGUGUAUUGGGUUGUUCUGAAAAAUCCAAGGAUAUCAAAUGUUAUCCUGGAGAUUCUUUGAGGAACAGAAACUCUCAGAAGGACGAAAGCAAGACGCCAAAGAGUACUGGAAAGUCUCAAACUCGAGUACUAAGAAAAGCCAGACCUGUACACUUAACUAGCAUUCAGAACCAAGCUAAAUUAGAAAAGAAGUGCCACUCCAAGAAAAUAGCAGAAAAUGAAUGCAGCAAGCCAGGGGUUGAUUUAACAUCAAGAGACAGUAAUGAAGAGCACGUCACUGCUUCAGAAAACCAUGAAGUGAACUUGACAUAUGAAUUGAACUAUGAUGCUGAUCAGAGAGGUUUGGUGGGAAAUGAUCUUCCAAAAAGUCAACCAACAAGUGGAGAGGAUCAUUGUGGUGACAAUAUUGAAAGUGGCACAGAAGGAAAUUUGGGGACUGGACUAAAUAAGACGGACCACUCUAUUUGUUUUCAGACUUCAGAAGGGGUAGGACAUCAUGGUAGUGAAUGCAUAGACAGUGAUGACAAAGAGAAUGUUUCAGUUCCAGAUGAGAACAGAAGCCUCACCAACAAUAUAAGCCAGGCUGGGGAAAAUAUUCUUGGUGUGCAGAAGAUGCAAAAAGUCAUCAAGAAGAACGCCCAACCAGCGGCCAAGAAUCUAAAAGAAGGUUUGCUUUCCACAAAUGUUGGUGCCUCAGGGAUGAAGUCCAAGAAGCCAAAGCCUACCAAUCCUAAACCUUUCAGACUAAGAACUGAUGAAAGGGGAAUUCUUAGGGAAGCUGAUCUACAGAGGAAAAAACAGGGCAAUGUAGAAUAUUCUGACAACGAAAACAGAUGCACGGAAGAUAAUCCUGAAGGCAAUGAUAGAGAUUCGAAGGACUUGCGAAGUGAUUUAUCCAAGGAUAGUGGGAUAAAAAGCCAUAAGUCUUCGGACGGGAAAGUGAGAUUGAGGAAAUCAAGUAUAACACCAGAGAGAUGUCAUGCUACACAAAUAAAAACAGCCAACUUAAGAAAUGCUAAAUCUCCCAUGGCAUCAUGUUUGAGACAAGAUCAGAAACUCACUGUAAUACAAGAAGCAUCAGCUGAUAUUUCAAAACCAAAGAAGGUAGGGAAGCUUCAUGAAAAUGGUGCUACAGCCAUGUCCCGAGCUAAAGCCUCGACGCCUUCCAGAAUGUUAUCUCGUGGAAGAAGGCCUCUGACAAUCCCAAAGGAGCCAGACUUCCACAGCACCCACCGGCCUAAAAGUUGCACAAAAAACUUAGCAGAACAAGUGCCCUUGUAAAGUUCGAAGCAAAUUCAAUUAAUUCUUGAGUUGUUGUAUGUACACUUCAAAUGAUUCAUUUGAGUCGAAAUAUUUAUUUUCCACCUUCUCCAACAUUACAGCUCCUAUUUCACUGAAAAUGUUGAGAAGGUUUGCAACACAUAUAUUCUAUCUGUAAUUUGAAUUCCAAGGCA